AUGGCCUACAAGCGGCCUCGUGGCACUUCCCCCUCCGACUCCCAGAAGCGCUUUCGCAGCGGUGGACAUGCCAGUUAUAUCGCACUGGGCACCGAGCUGCCACCGGAAGACGGGGACGAUGGCGCCUUCGUACCUGUGUGGAAGCAGACGGUGACAGAUGAGCGUGGGCGAAGACGACUCCACGGCGCGUUCACGGGAGGCUUUAGUGCAGGAUACUUUAAUACAGUUGGAUCUAAGGAAGGAUGGACCCCCAAGACCUUUGUCUCCUCACGCGCAGAUCGCAACAAGAACAAGCCUACGGGUCCCAUACAGCGUGCCGAGGACUUCAUGGACGAGGAAGAUCUGGCUGCAGCUGCAGAAUCGCGCCAAUUGGAAACUGCUUCCAACUUCGCUGGAGUCGGGAGCACUCACCGCGAGAUCGAUGACGGGCUCUUUGGCCUCUUUGUGACUCAAGAAGAAACCAUGGGCGUGAAGAUUGCGCAGAAGAUGGGCUGGCGGCGCGACCAAGGCAUUGGUCGCAAGAUUCGUCGCAAUGCUCGCUCAGAAGACGACACUGCCACCACUAUGGAACCUGCUCAUAUGUUUGCCCCAAAGGAUGCAAGAAUGAUGACGGUUCCACGCGAAGAUGUGCGCCGGAAGGGACUGGGUUAUCUUUCCGAGGCUCGUUUGAACACGGUAGUAGAAAAAGAAACCGGCCAUGCUCCCAAAAUGGAUCUGCACUAUCUUGGAGUACCCAAGGCGUCACCCUCGAUGGGAAAAAUGGCAAGUAAGAAGUCGUCGUUUGGCGUCGGUGUCCUUAACGACACCGGCUCUGAUGACGAGGACCCUUACGAGCUGGGACCCAAGAUUACCUUGAACAAGACCAUUGGCAAAGAUAAAAAGGCCAAGAAGCCUAGCAAGUUUGCCAAAGCAGGAGCAGGCGACAAGGUGGUCUUCGUUCCCAAGAAGGAACCUGCUUCAAGAGCCCUAGUCUCGCUUGCUAAGCCAUUGUCCGGUCAAACAAACGCAUUAGAGGGUUUCCAUGUUGCAACUUCUCUAACCGAUGUCUCUAGCAUACGAAAGUAUCCUCCACCGAAGAUACCAGCAGGAUGGACAUCGUUAAAGAGUGGCAAGACUAGUUCUGAAGUACACGCGUAUCAAUCUGUUGCCGAUGCUGCAAAAGCCUCAACACUUGAUGUAAAGGGUCGUUCUGCUCUCCUCGGGGAAACUCCUCUUCCAGGAAAGUCUAUCUUCGACUUCAUACCCAAGGAGGCUCGGGAUCGGCUUGCAGCACUAUCCGGCAAAGCUGACCUCCCGCAAGGCCUUGGGCAAGCAGCACCGGAAGGACACUUGCCGGCGAAUAAAGCGCCGCCCAAGGAUCUUUGGAGUCUUGUACCCGCACUCGACAAGUCUAUUGCAGCUGGCGCUCUUGCUAAAGGUGCAACUGGUUGGAUGCCAUACGCAGAAGAUGUGGAAAAACGUGCAAGAUAUGUUGGUUUUCUGGAGUUGCGCGCUGGAUUGAAGGAUGACUUGCCAGAAAGAGCAGAAGGGGUCUCUGUGUCUGAUUGGGUGAAGGAGCUUCAGGAAUUUGCACAUGCCGCUCAAGUGUUCAAACCAACGACUGGCAUCAUGGCAUCACGGUUCACAUCGUCGACAUCUACCCUUCAGCCUGGUCAUAGUGCAGAUGCACCAACCGAGGACCUUUUGCGCAAACCGACAACGAAGCCCGAAGACCCUGCAGAACAGGCGGCCAAGCUGGGCAUGUAUGGACCCAUGACUCGCAGCAGCUUUGCGUUCCACCCCUCUCGGUUGUUGUGCAAGCGCUUUGAUGUCAAGCCACCCCCAGAUAUGCCUCUCGACUUUGACGCCGGAGACGGCAAGACGAAAUCGCAAACCGAGGAGGCAGUGUCCAAGGACGCCAUGGGCAAGAUGAUGCAUGAGAUGCUCACAAAGGGGCCAGCGAUGCAGCGUCCAGCUUGGAUGGGACAGGCAUCGGCACAGGCUACAGAUGCAGCUGUCCCGCAGACGGUAGCGCAUGCGACUGUGGAUGUAGAGCAGAACGAGGCACUGGAAAAAGAGCGAGCGCCAGAGGAUGUGUUCAAGGCCAUAUUUGGAGAUGAUGAUGAUGAUGAUGAUGAUUGA